UGCUCUUAUCGCCCACCCCAACAUUGCACUGGGUAAGACAACGCAAGGCCAAUGCCAACACCAGCAGCUACCUCGGACCCGCCUACUUACAACAGUCGAAAAAAAAACACCAUCAGGCUCACAAUCAAAUGGGUGCAAAGUAUUUGUUUAUUACCACGCGGGGAACUUAUUUCAUUAGCUCUGUUUCCAAGGAUCCGUUGCUUUCCCGGAGGUUGGAGGUUCUCAUCGGAAGAAAACUCAUGGUUUGAACGUCGCCCUCGUCGACCCUGUGCUUUUCUCCAGCCCUCGAUUGCACUUUCUAUUUCUCCCUCCUGUCUUGUCCUUUCACCUGUUAUGGCCCAUCUGCACCGCUGGCCUUUGGGGUAAGUAUGUACUUUAGUGAAUAUUUUCUUUAGGUGGAACUGUUUGGGGGAUAUUUGCAUUUCAGAGAUCUUCGUACGAUUGUAAAGCACGGGAAUAGUUCUUUUUUUUUAAUGAGCCUCAAAUGACAAAUUAUUUAGUUUUUGUAGACUGUUAAACGGUACAAUUGUUCUCUACUUUUUCCCAGCGCGAAGGUAUGAACAGACGAAAUUCUUUGUUUAGUAUUC